AUGGGUAUUUGUUCAGCAAAGAAAUAUGGAAGAUAGGAAUAUUAAUAUCUUCCUCAUUAAAUAAAGAAUAUGGAAUAAUAAAAUAUAUCAGAAUGUUAAAUUGAAUAAUAAUAAUAAUAAUAGCUUCCAUCAAAUAUUCCAAUAGAACACAUAUCAACUAUUCCUACAAUAUAGAGCAACCUAAAUAAAUUUCAUCUUUAAAAGGAAUAAAAUAUUAAAAUUUAGAAAGAUUUAUCUGCUAGGUAAUUGUAAAUAGAUUAAGUUUGUGCAGUUUGUAAUAAACAUGUUAAUCAAUAAAAAACGAUAUAAAUAAAAAAAUGUAAACACAUUUACGAUAUUCAUUGUUUUACUAAUCAUUUUUAAGAAAAUAAAAAAUGCUGUUCUGAUGAAAAAAUAAUAAUUAAUGAAACAGAAUAUCCAAAAGCAUAAGUUAAUGAAAUAAUGAAAUAUCAAUUGAAUCAAUUAAUAACAAAAAUUUAAGAUAAAAUGAUAGUUGUACAAUGUCAAACAUAAUUUUGUUCUUUUCUAUUUUUUUAUUUAAAAGUAUAGAAUUUAUAAUAGAGCAAAAAAUUCUAUUGUAUUAGAUGUAAUUAAACAAUGAAAUAUGAUAAAAAAAUGUGUAAAUUUAUUGACUAAUAAACUGCAUUUAAGAAUUAAAAUUAAAAUGAUGCAUAGGUAUAUAAUAAAUUAGAAUUUGAAUCAUAUGAAUGUUAAAUAGAAGAUCAUUUAAUAAAGACUAAUAUUUUAAUUAUAUUACCUUGUUCUCAUUAAUGGUGCAAGAUAUGUUUAUUUUUAUAUUAUAAAGAUUGUUUGAAAGCAAUAUGUUAUUGUGGGGAACGUUAUCCUACAAGUAUUGUUAAAUAAAUAAAUUAAGAAAAUGAAUGGGAUGAUAUAUAUGAAAAAUAAUUAGAUAUAAUUUAGAAAGAGGCAAAAAUAAGUUGGUAAUUUUGUAAAAAUAAUUGUGGUUUUUUUUCAGAGAUUAAAAAUCUAGAUGAUUCAUUUUAUUGUAUUAAAUGUGAUCCAAUUAAAAUUUGUUAAAAAUGCUAAUAAGAUGUAUAAUCUUAAUAUGUCACAAUGAAUUAAUGUUAACAUUAUUAUCAUUUAUUAUGUUCACUUGAAUUAUUAAUGGAAAAUUAGCUUAGCAAUAUGAAAUGUUUAUGUGGUGUAAAAUUAGAUGAAGAUACAAAAAAAAAUGAAAUGAAUAUCAUAUGUUUCUAUUGUUAGAAAUAUGAUGAUGAUUUAAUCAUGUUAUAAUGUUGUCAUUUUAUACAUAAAGAAUGUUUAGAGGCAAAUUUAGAAUUUUUUUCAUCUUUUUUAUGUCCACUUUGUGAUAUUCCAUUAGGUAAUAUAUUAUUUGAACCAAAAUUAUAAUUAAUUGGACAAAAAUUGAUUGAUAUGCAUCAAAAUUAAAAAGAAGAUAAAUUAAAUAAUUAUUAAUGUAAACAUUGUUCUUAUCAUUUUAAAAUGGAUAAUAAUUGCUAUUUUUAAAUGCAUUUAUAAGGUAAUUAAUAAAUUAAAUAUGAUGAUAAAAAGGUUAUAAAUAAUGAUAAUAGUUACAAAUGA